CCGCCCGCACCCGGCCUCGACGUCGACGUCGACCAACCCCCGCGCGCCGUCACCAGCCUCAGCGCCGCGGACGGCCACCAUGGCGCCAACCGCACCCCUGCCGAGGACCCCGUUUGGGGACGCGCUUUGGACUCCGGGCCGGCCGACAUCGUCCCCGAGUGCGACACCGACGCCCUGUUCCCGGGCAGCCUGUUCUCGCCCGAGGACCUGCGGCACGGCGCCAUCGUGCUGUACUUCGUCGUCGCCUUCUACGGCUUCUACGUCAUCGCGGUGGUCUGCGAGUUCUACUUCCUCCCCACCGUGGAGAUCAUCUGCGAGGAGCUGGGGCUGACUCCGGACGUGGCCGCCGCCACCUUCAUGUCGCUGGCGUCCUCGUCCCCGGAGCUGUUCGUCAACGUGGUCACCACCUUCGUGACCCGCAGCACCAUGGGCGUCGGCACCACCGUGGGUAGCGCCACCUUCAACGUGCUGGGGCUGGCUUCCUUCAUCGGGCUGGCCGCCAGAGGGCCCAUCGUCAUCAGCGCGGUGCCGGUGGUGCGCGACUCCCUGCUGUACAUGGCGGCCAUCGCGGUCACGACGGCCGUGGUGUGGGACGGCAGCGUGCAGUGGUACGAGGCCCUGAUGAUGGUGCUGCUGUCGCUGGCCUACCUGGCCUUCAUGUUCUCGCAGCACCGCCUGGCGCACUGGGCGCGCUCGCUGCUGGCGCGCUCCAACUCCACCGUCGUGCUGACCAACGCGUCGCGCCCCGACGAGAUCUCCUCCGUCAGCUCCGAGGUCGCCGCCAAGGAGGUGGUGGACGCGGCGCCGCUGCCGCAGCCCCAGCCCGACCCGGAGGUGGCGGUGGCGGUGGCCAACCAGAUCAGCUUCACGGCGGGGAACCAAGGGGGCUGCAGCUGGCGGAGGGCGGCGUGGUGCGCCUUCAACGCAGCCACGUGGCCCGUGAGGACGGCCAUCUCCCUCACCAUCAUGGACACCAAGAAGCCCCACCUGCGCCGCUUCUACCUCCUCAACUUCGUCCUGUGCGUCGUGUGGAUCGCCCUGGCCGCCUACGUCGUGUCCUGGAUGCUGGCCGUCAUCGGAAACACGCUGGAGAUCUCGGACGCCGUCAUGGGGAUCACGCUGCUGGCCGCGGGAGGCAGCACGCCCGAGGCCGUCAGCGCCAUCAUCAUGUCCAGGAAAGGCGUGGGCUCGGUGGGCAUCGCCAACGGGCUGGGCGCCAACACGCUCAACAUGCUGAUGAACCUGGGCAUGCCCUGGCUGGUGCGCUCGCUGGUGUUCCCGGGGCUGCCGUGGACCGUGCUGUCCGAGGGGCUGCCCUACGACCUGGUGACCCUCGUCAGCGCCGUCGUCGUCCUCAACCUCGUGCUGCUCGCGUCGCGCUACCGCCUCUGCCGCAUGCAGGGCGUCGCCACCUUCAUCGUCUACUUCCUGUUCAUCGUGGUGCUGGUCCUCAUCGAGCUCAACGUGUUCGGGCUGUACCACAAGUCCGAGUGCACCACCGAGUGACCUGACCGCGUGGCGGUCGCGCCCCGGCCUGCCUUCCAGGCUUCCACUUCGCGGAGGGCACAGCAAACUGGAGUCCAACUCGAAGCCCGAAGCUCGAGGCGCCCUGCGAGUGUGGCGCCGAAUACUAAACUGGGAGUGCACCGCGCGACGCGGGGCGCGACAGGCCUGUGCGUGCACCGAACGUGCGUGCGACGCGGACGUACCUGUUGGGAACCUGUGAUGUAAAGUGUCGAACGACUACAAAAAAACAUUUAUAAAAGAAAUAGUUUGUCGACGCUGGAAGUAUUUAUUAUUAACGUAACUAUGUACUUGAGUGAUUAUGGAAACCUUCCUGCAUUGUGUUAUUUUUUUUGGCCUGCGGAGCAAAGGAGCGGCACAGAAAGACAUCUUUGUGCGUGUUUAGAUGACGUAAGCAAAUUAUUCCAUGGCCCUUUAUAGAUAGUGAAAGGAAAUCCCGUAAAUAUCGGCGAUAAACCAAUGAUGUUGUAUUUCCAUUAUUUGAUUCUGAAGCGUUACUGGCUGUGCUCAUAGUGUCUGUCUUGUUUUUUUUUGUGUUUGUAUGCAUGUGUGUAUGUAAGUCUAUUUUUAUGCGUAAAUGCGUUGUACUUAUUUAUCACUCUCUUGCAAGAUAUGAAUUGUGUCUAGUCUAAUGAAAUACAUCUUGUCUAUACUGUACUUAA